UUUCAUGAAGUGACAGUGACAGUUGUAGUGUUAUGGCUGAUGGGAGGAAACACGAUGAUGUUAAAGUCAUUAAAAAUCCCUUACUUUCUCAAAGUUUGCUCCUGGAAGAGUUAAGUGGGGUUUCUUUUUUAGUACCAGCAUCACCCCCAAAAACCGAAGGUACUGUUGAUUAUGGGAGUAAAACAGGCGUGGAUGUUCCUCUGUUAGGAGAGAAGAAACAGGGUAGUCCGAUAACACAGGAGAGGGGAAUCGAUUAUGAUGGGCCGCAGACAUUUACUGAUAUUCCCCUAAACACUGCAGAUUUGAAGACAUCUACUAAUGACAAAUCUGUCCCAUCUUCACAGGGCUCAGCCCUGUCUAAAAAAGAAGCUGAUUCUGGCCAGUAUAAAUCAUCAACUUCUUUUCUGUCCUUCUUUUUACCUUCAGUUUCUCCUAAUUCUCAAAAUUUAAAAACAGAAAUCAAUCCCAGCUUGGAUAAAAAUGAGCGUUUAGGUCAAAAACGUCUACCCUCACCUCAAAUCUUUGAACCGCAACUCAUUCCACCCUCCUCUGAACCUGUUGUUAGCUCUUCAAAAUUAACCUCAGAAUAUAAUGCUACGGUUAAGCCAGAUUUAACUAAUUUAUUAACCGCUAAACCAUUACAUUUAGUUUCCCCAACAGAGCAAUCUGAAAAGUUAACAAAAUGUUCGGAAAUAACACGGGUUCCUUUACCACCUACUAUAUCUGCUCAAAAUACUACUGGAUUAAAAAACCCAUAUGCGUUGAGGAACAAUCAAAAUUCUGUUUCAAAUUUUUCUCUCUUAUCUAAAUCCCCUCCAACAAACUUAGGUAGUUAUGACUCAAUACCACUGUAUUCACCAUCAAAUGUAACCAAUUCACCUCCUAAUUUAUUUAAUUAUCUCUCGGGUCCUCAGGUAACCGCUUCUACUGUUACUGCGGAGUCUCUCCCUUCUGGGAAUAUAAUAAAUCCAGUUGAAAUAGCUAAGGAAUCAUUAAAUAGCUCAAGUAUUACUUCUGAGUCGACACUAUUCCCCUUAUUUCAGAAUAAUAGCCGUGAAUCAAAACCGUUUGACACUCCUCCUGUCAUUGCCAAUAUUUUUUCUCCAAAAUCAACUCACAAUACCCAUUCAGAAUUACAGCAAAAAAGUGAUGUCUUAAGUGCCAACAAUUUUCCGAAAGUUACUUCUGUAACAACUCUUUAUCCAGUCCAAACUUCAGAAGAAACCUUUUCCCAGGCAGGAACAAUAAAUCCAACUAAUAUAGAUGAAAAAGAAUGUAUUCAGCCUAAAAUAAUAAGUCAAACAACACAAGAUAAUCCACAGACAGAAUUGAAGACAGAGAGUUCAAGUUCUCAACUAAAAACUAAUUUAAUCACACUUUCUGAAAAUUUUGCAUCUGUAAACUCAGCAGUUUCAGGUCAGUCUAUGUUAACUGGCCCUUUUAAUCAAGAAACUCAACAAUUAUUAGAAACGAAUUCUAAAAAUGAGAAUUCUUCCAUCCAACAUUCAAUGACAUAUGUCGCUUCUGCCAAACAAUCUCUUUCAAAAAUAUUUCAUGAUUCACAUCUUGAAAUGUCAGAAACUCCUUGCCUACCUCCUGUUGAUGAUGCUAAACCUCAAGUUUCUUCUGAGCUCGAUUACAAAUCUCCACAAGAUAAAUAUAUUAAUCCAGAAAUUAGAUCAUUUCAAAAUCAUCCCAUUGAAAUUGGAACAUCCACAAAAGACAAAUGUGUGGCUGAGAAAUUAGAUGGAUUUCCUCCUCCCCUUAGCAAUAGUACUGGGCAAAAUUCUCUUUUCAAAACAGAAUAUAGUCAUUAUGGUCCUGUAGGAUUCCAAUCAAAGCAAGUUACCAUGGAUAAUGUAUCAUUGAAUGAAAUUAAAAAUAUGGGAACUGAUGCUAGUAUAAGUAAAGAUAUUGUAAUUAAUAAUAGCGAUGUACCUCAGAAAUCAAUUGGUUUGUCAAAUCCACCUUCUUUAUCUGGUUAUUUCAAAGAACCACUGGUUAGCGCUAAAACUCCAUCUACAGAAAGUUCUAUACAUACUUUAUCAAACUUACCAGUGGUGACUCCUUCAGUUACCUCUGCAGCUCAGUCAUCUGCACCAGCAAUUUUAGGACAAGUUUCAUCUUCAGUUGAUUGGAAUCAACAGAUUUUAGCACCUGUUGUUUCUAAUAUCAAUACUGAAAAUUUCCUACAAAACCAUGCUAUUUCUGGAAAUAAUGGAUCAAUAUUCCAACCACCUGCUAUGAUCCCAAAUACAGGAUAUAUUACAAGCUCCUCACAACAGAUGUUUAAUAUACAAAAUCAACCUGACAUCACAAAAAAUACACCAGACACUCCAAUUUCUAGUAUUCCUCUUCAUCAUAUUUCAAUUAGCCGUACUAAUUCCAAUGAUCCGAUACAUUCCAAUGUUCCUUCAUUGUAUCCUCAACCUCUUUAUACCUUUCCAAAAUUAAAUUCUAACUCUUACAGUUACCCUUCUCAUCAAUCAGGAACCUUAUCAACAUUUCCUUCUGCUCCACUUCCUGCUGACUCAAUCCCACAAGUGGAACCAGCCUCUUCCAAUCCGUUAAUUCCAACUUUCAAUUAUUUUUCAUCCUCCCAAAGCAGCUGUUUGCCUCCUUCUCUUGAUCAACCUGUGCAAAAACCCACUAAUAAAACUCCACCUUCCAGUUAUUAUUUUGAACCAAUACAAAAACCAGAUUCUGUUCCAGUUUCACAUAGUUUGCAGAGUUCUGUUCCGAAAAAAAUUGAGCCUAUGCCUCCUAUUUUAAACCCCACACCUUCUGCACCACCCAAAACUUUUAAUAUUCCACCACCUAAUGUAUGUUACCCAAAGGAAAAUACAUCCAUAUUUAAUCAACAGGCUAUUAAUAAUGAAGUUGUUCCUCCAAUCCAGACUACCGAUAAGCGGACUAGCUUAGACAGUGAAGAACUUGACCAAAUUCCUCUUGAAGGGAGUGCAGUUCCACUGUUCAACCCUGAAACUGUUAACAGAAAAAAGAGUAUUGACAUUCCAGUUGCAGGAAACACAUUUCGGCUAAGUAAAGGAUUAAAAAAACCCACUUACGCUCCUGUACCCGACUUGGGUGUAACAGAGAGAAGAAAUUAUCUUCCACCCACGAGUCCAAGUUGUUUGUCAGUUUCAAGUCAAGAAGAAAUGUCAGCCAUUCAUGAAAACCAAAAUAUGAGGACCUCACCUUCGAAAUCUGCCGAAUCCCCAUUGGUAGUAGAUAACUACCAUGGAAAUGUUGAUCAAGGGAUUGUUUAUCGACCACCAUAUCAACAUUGGUUCUUUAAGAGUGGCCGCGAUCAAAAAUCUCCUUGGACACCAUUUUCGAUGGCCGAUUCUUUGAAUCUGGAACAGAUUUUUAAUUCUACCGAACUUCAUGAAGAUACAAAGGUUGCUACUGAUGGUGGUCGUUAUGAUGUGGAAAUAGUAAGAAGGAAAAAAAAUUCUGUUUAUUGGGAUGAGACACCUGGUGAAGUAAGGCGUUGCUCUUGGUUUGUAAAAUCUGUGUCAGAUUCAAGAUAUAUUCCAUAUGAUGAAAAUAUUGGUGCUUUGCUAGAGGAUGAAUACAAACAAGGCUGUGAAACAAAUGAAUGGAACAGAAGAGUUGAACUUGCUGAUGGUGAAGUAAUAAUUCUGCAUGGACCUAGUGCCAUAGCCCAUCAUGUCAGAUCUGCAUCGCCUGAUGCUUGGAGUAGCCAACCACCUUUACAACAAAAGUCUCGAGUUGUAAAAAGAGGGGUUGAGGACUUUGACAUUCCGAAAGGAGAACCCAAGCAAGUUGACCAUCUAUUAUUAGUUGUACAUGGAAUCGGGAAGGCAUGUGACCUUAGGUUUAGAUCCCUUGUUGAUGUUGUUGAUGACUUCCGUUCAAUUUCUCUUCAGUUAGUUCAAUCACAUUUCCACAGUGGAGUUGAAAAUGGAAUGGUUGGAAGAGUUGAAGUUUUGCCUGUUGAAUGGCAUAAAGCUCUGCAUACAGAAACUAUUGAUGACAGACUUUCAGCUAUCACAUUGCCAAGUAUACCUCGGGCUCGAGAAUUCACCAAUGAAACACUAUUAGACAUUCUUUUCUACACUUCACCUGUUUUUUGUGAGAAAAUUGUACAAGCUGUUGGUGCUGAGCUAAAUCGGGUUUUCACUUUAUAUCAGAAGCGAAAUCCUGGAUUUAGAGGACAGAUUUCUCUUGGAGCACAUUCUUUAGGCUCAUUGAUAUUGUUUGAUAUGCUUUGUCACCAGCAACCUGUUCAGAAAGCUCACUUAGUUCCCCAACGAGCUUCAAUCAGCGAGGAUGAAGAAGACAUUGAUGAAGUUGGCUGUUUGAUACGCAAGGCUAAAUUAAGUAGAAGAAUGAGCUAUUUAACAAUAGGUCCCGGUACUGGGCAGCCUUAUACUAUUUACCCGCAGCUUCUCUUUCAACCGAAAGCAUUUUUUGCUCUUGGAUCACCUAUCGGUAUGUUCAUCACUGUUCGGGGUGUAGAAACUCUUGGAGAUGAUUUCAGAUUUCCUACCUGUCCUGCAUUUUUUAACAUAUUUCAUCCUAAUGAUCCUGUAGCUUACAGGAUAGAAGCUCUCAUUAAACCUGAAAUGGCAAGUGUGCCUGCUGUUCUUAUACCCCACCAUAAAGGAAGAAAAAGGAUGCAUCUUGAAUUGAAAGAAACUAUGGCACAUGUGACUGCAGCUCUUAAACAAAAGUUGGUACAUUCCAUGAAAAAUACAUGGAAUGCUGUUUAUCAAUUAGCAAUGUUUAAUCGAAAAGACCAUAAUCUGCAAGGAGAAGUCAAUAAGGUGAUAGAAGAAGAAGUUCUGAGGGAUGCUUCUUAUUUAGAAAGUGAUCCUCCUAUUGGGAUAAUUGGUGAAGAAAGUAGAGGAAAUGAAGUAAAAGUAGGGAGACUCAAUGAUGGUAGACGAAUAGAUUAUGUUCUUCAAGAAGCGCCUUUGGAAACCUUCAACCAAUAUAUUUCUGCAAUACGAAGUCAUUUAGUUUAUUGGGAAUCGGAAGACACCAUGUUACUGAUUCUCAAGGAAAUCUAUGGGCAAAUGGGAAUUGCUCCAGAUAGUCAAGUACCUCAGCCGAUAUUACCUUUUGACAUUAGUGGGGAUAAUGAUACAUAUUCAGAAUACACCUAUAGUAUAGGAGCGCUACCAACACAAUUUGUCAGGAAAUAAAUAGUGAAAAUCUUUUUACAGUAUUUUGAUUGAUUGAUAUAAAUUUUUUAAAUAUAAUUAUUAAAAUGAACUAAUAAUGAAAUGGAAUAUUAAAAAAUAUAACAUAUAUAUAUAUUAAAUUGGUUGAAAAAAUAAGAAGUAUAUUGUACAUGGAUUUAGAAUUCACUUACUGUACGCACUCUUUUAUUGCUAUGUAAUGUAUGUACAUGAUGUAAUUAAUUUUUAAAGAAAUUAUAUAUUUAUAUUUUGUGCUAUUGUUUGUAAUGAAAAUAGAUUUAUCUAUUUGUUUA